AUGGGCGAAAAAGUAUGCGCUCUACUGGAUAGAUUCGCGAUACUCAUACAAAUACUGUUGGGUACGAUUGCAUUCUCGACAUUAAUUUAUAAGCGACAUCGUGAACGACCGCAGAGACCUGUUAAAAUUUGGUUAUUCGAUGUGAGCAAACAAGUCAUUGGAGCAUGUAUGAUGCACGGACUAAAUUUGCUUGCUUCUCUUAUAGCAGGAAAAAAUGAACAGGAAGUCACAAAUCCAUGUGUUUGGUAUUUUCUUAAUAUAUUUAUGGAUUGUACAUUAGGCGUUUUUGUUUUAUUUUUACUUCUCAAAUUAUUACAUACGGGCCUGACUUCGCUUGGGAUACAAGGGUUACGAAGUGGUGACUACGACAUGCCACCAAGACGCGCAUGGUGGCUCAAACAACUAGCAAUAUUCCUUGUCAGCCUGUUCACCAUGAAAAUGAUCAUCGUGUUAGUCAUUCAAAUUGCACCAUUCCUAUUUAAAUUCGGUGCAUGGGCAAUAAACUGGACUGAAUCCGACCCAAAAUUACAAAUCGUAUUCGUCAUGUUAAUUUUUCCACUCAUCAUGAACAUUGUACAGUUCUGGCUGGUCGAUCAAGUGAUCAAGAAACGAUUUGAGCAUAUAAAAUUGGAUAAUACAAGUGACGCGUUCGCGGAUGAAGAUGAUGUGUUUUUACAUCGAGAAUAUAGUCUGGAUGGAGAUUCGCCGUUGUCCGCACAUCAUCGAUAUAGUAGUAGUGAUCCAGCACGUCAACACAAAAACAAUAAUAGUUCCAAUUUACCGAUGAUGCUGUUGAGUAGGGCUUCGUUAAAUGAUGAUAAUAAAGAGAAUAAUAUCAGUAUUCAACAACAUUCAAGUGACGAUUCUACAUAUAUCGAGUUUAAAAAGAAACCGGACUCAAAAAGAGAUUUAUAG